AUGACCUCUCAGUCACAAUUCGAGAAAUCAGGUAAAAUGGAAAAUAUUAUACAGAUUUUAUUGUUCAAUACAAGAAUGAACUUAAGGACAAGCACAACCUAUAGUUUUCUUAGUUUCCUGCUUUUCCUCCGAAUUUAUAAUGGACAAAAAUUCAAACUUGAAACCGAAGUUAUUGAAAAACUAUACCAGGAAAGUGACUCUGCAACUGUGUUGUUCAUCGGAAGUGAAAGUGAAUUUUUGAGUGAAUUUAUUAGAAGCCAUAAUAAUAUCCCAGUGUCAGUUUUCUGUGCUAACGGGACUCCAACUGUCACCAAUGCUGAAGACUCUCUUCAAAGAUUCAUCUUAGUGGUUCAUUCUUCCAAGGAGACCACUCACAAACAGUCCUGGAUGAACACAACACUACUAGAAUUCAUUCCAAAAAUGGCAUCAAGAAAACAUGUUAUUAUUGUCUCAAAAAGCAUUGAGAAUCUUUCGGAUUAUUUUUCUUUCUUUUGGAAACAUAAUUUUACCAGGAUCUUUGGAAUCACCAGAAACACAUUGUAUGGUUAUCUUCCAUUUGCAAAUGAACCAAUCAAAACAAUCUCCACGAAUGACAUACAACUUCUGGAUGCUCUGAAGGAUUUCAAUGGUUUCUCGAUGAGAACAAUUUUUCGAAAGGAUUUCCCAAGAAUAUUUCGAUACGUCAACAAACAAGGAUCUGUUGAAAUUGGAGGAAUUUAUGGGAAAAUAUUUCUGAAUUUCCUACACAAAUAUAACGGAACUUUUAGAGAAAUUGCACAAUAUAAAAACACAACGGUACAGUUAAAAGAAUUGAUUCAUGCAAUCUCAACCGAUGAAGUUGAUUUAGUUAUGAAUCUUUACCAUCCCAUGAAAGGAGCUAGAUUCAGUAGUUAUCCAAUUGAUGUGGCAAAAUCCACCUUCAUGGUGCCAAUUAACGGAGUUGUCGGAGCCAAUGAAUACUUUAUGAGACCGUUUUCCAUUGGGGCGUGGCUAUGCAUUGGAUUAAUGUUCAUCUACAUAAUAGUAAUGGAUGUGUUCAGAGAAAUUCUUGUUGGUUCGACGGUGAAUUUGUGGGAAAGUUCUAGCAGAAUCUUCUUAAUGAUGUUGCGUCUACCCACCGAAUGUCAAAUUACAACAGGCUAUCGUUUCCAUAUCCAAGUGUUACUACUGUCAUUUGUGUUGGGAAAUUUGUAUACUGUAUAUUUUACCUCAUUUCUAACGGUUUUCAUAAAAACGCGUCAAUAUGAGACUGUGCAGGAUUUAAUUGACAGCAACUUGAAAGUUCUAUUGGUCCAAUUUGAAUGGGAAUUUAUAAAGGGACUAAAUAUUUUACCAUCGGGUUUUGAGAAAAUUGCAAUUCCUGUUGAUUUUUAUACUUUGGCAAAGGAACGAGACUCCAUGCGAAAUACUAGCUUUGCAUAUUCCGUCGGCAGUGAUAAGGGAAAUUUCCUAAUAAGCCUUCAAGCACAUGUGACAAAGCCUCAAUUUCGCUUAUUGCCAGAACAUGUUAUGACAGCAUUUGUAUGCGUUUUAAUGCCUCAACAUUCACCGUUGAAGGACAUUUUUGAUCGAUUUAUAAUGCAAAUUGCUGAAACUGGACUUUAUAAUAAAUGGAGGAAUGAUGCUAUUUUUCAAGUAUUUCAUUGUGAGGAUUGUCAUCAGACGAGUUAUUAUAGUUAUAGACUGAAUUUUGAAGAUGUAAAUCGUAAAGUGCCAUUGACAUUGUAUCAUUUAAAAUUCGCUUGGGAAAUUUUGAUAUUUGGAUUGACAAGUGCCGUUUUUGUAUUUUUGGGUGAACUGGUUUUUAUAAGAUGUGUUUGGUUCUAA